UCUGAUGUGAUUUCCAUUCGUCUGGCCCGGCCCUUACUUUCCUCUGCGUCUAAUCCCUCGGCGUUCUCACUGGCGUCCGUCAGCUUCUCUAAUCUGCUGGACGGCUUUAGGAGGAGAAGCCUCGUCACUCGGACUCUGCCUGAUGAUAAACACGGAGCUGGUCCUAACGUCGGCUCAGGCUGGAGAUGUGACGUGGAGUGAAUGGCCCCUCGCACUGCAGAUAUGACUGUGGAGGAUCCGGUGGGCCGGUGGGGGUCCAGUCCUGUGGAGGAGGUCAAGUUAAUCCCUGAGCCUGCGCUGGAUGAAGAACUCCACAGCAGCAGCCAGGAAGUGAUGUGCUACCACGGAGACACACCCACUGCGGAGUGUGCAUCCAUCACAGACAGUGAGGAGCAGUUUUGCAGGAUCUGCCACGAAGGCCGGGAGUCAGGAGAGCUGCUGUCCCCCUGCGAGUGCUCCGGCAGCCUGGCUUCGGUGCACCGGAGCUGCCUGGAACAGUGGCUCACCGCCUCCGACAGCGGCCACUGCGAGCUCUGCCAUCACCAGUUUGUGCUGCAGCGUGUGCCAAAGCCUCUGACUGAGUGGUGGUGCUCUCCAGACAUGCAGCAGCAGAGGAGAACGCUGUGCAGCGAUGCGGCCUGCUUCCUGUUCAUCACGCCGCUCGCGUCUCUGUCGGGCUGGCUGUGUGUUCAAGGAGCCAUGGAGCUCUACUACACCAAUGGGACGGAGGCCCUGGGACUCCUGGUGCUCACUCUGGCUCUCAUCAUCAUCUAUGUGUUCUGGACUGUGGUUUCUGUGCGCUACCAUGUGCAUCUCUUCAAAACCUGGAAGAAGACUGACCAGAGAGUUCGACUGUGGGUUCCUGUGUCAGCGCAAACACCUCCUAACCAGCAGGUGGCGCCCAUAAACUUCCUCAGCAAAGCCAUCAACAAGGAAACGAUGGUGUAGGUGGAAGUCUGCACAGCUCAAAGGACGGAGCUCACGACCCCAUGAACUUUUAAACCACACAUUUCAUUGUUUCUUCCCCAGAAAAGACUCAAUGACUCCUUUUAUUUUCCUCUGUAUUUUUAUUUUCCUCUGUAUUUUUAUUUUCCUCUGUAUUUUUAUUUUCCUCUGUGUGUUUUGGUGUUGGUGGUAAUGGCAUGGGGGUGCACUGGAGCAGAUCAAAACUGCUUUGUAGUUAAACGCCCCCCCAAAAAACUACAGAGGCUAGCCUUGGUAUAAUGUCCACAUCUUCAUUGUUAAACAGGUGGUAGUAAACGCUGACGUUCCCACAGCGUUUACUACAGUCCCACAGAUUCCCAACUUAGAUCUUUUAAUGACCACCAGGGGGCGAUACUUGUGGUUAGUGGUCAGUUUAUGUACUCAGGUACUCAUUUCAGGUCACAUAAUAAAACAAUAAGUUCAUUUUGUAAA